UGUGUGUGUGUGUAUAUGUGUGUGUGUGUGUGUGUGUGUGUGUGUGUGCGUGUGCGUGUGUGUGUGUAAGGGGCCCGAGGAGUGUACUUCAAAUUGUGAGCUCGUAGGUAGAAUAGGACAGUAUAACAUGCGUUUGCAAGCAAGAAACGACGCACACACGCACACAAAGGCACAAACACACACUCUGUCUCACACACACACACACACACGCACACAUUCACUCACUCAUGCAAACUGUUCAAUGAGAGUAAGAGCAAACAGUUGAGCUCCUUCUGAAGCAGACGGCAAAAAUGACGAGGAAGCGGGAUGCUCCACAUUCAAGCGCAGCCAGAGGCGCACGGAUCCGCUGUGGGGGGGAUGCAGAACCGGGACUACGGAGACUGCGCUUUCUGUGCCCUCUACUGCUCAGGAUAUUGACAUUAUUUUUACUCGUCCUACCUCAACAAAUAUCGUCUCAUCCGCAGUGUCUAGACUUCGAACCCCCGUUUAAACCUCCGCACCACCUCGAGUUCUGCAAGGAGUAUGAGUUAUUUGGUUGUUGUGACCAGGAGACUGAUAACACAAUUGCAGAGCGAUACUGGGACAUCAUUGACUUGCUGGAUGUCCAAGGAUACGAGAAGUGCGGCGACUCUCUUAAAGAAAUUAUGUGUCAGGAGUGCUCUCCAUACGCUGCACAUCUCUACGACGCAGAGGACCCUUACACUCCAGUCAGACAGCUGCCUGGACUGUGCUUCAGCUACUGUACCGAGUUCCAUCGCAAAUGCCACCACGUGGUCAAGUACCUGACGGACAGCAAGCCCCUUCAGGAGGCCAGCGAAAAGGACACGUCCCGGUUCUGCAGCUUGGUGGGGCUGGCGGACCAGGACUACUGCUACCCCAGCGUGCUGAGGACCACCAGCCUGAACAACAACCUGGGCCAGGUGUCCCAGGACCCUCAGGGCUGUCUGCAGCUCUGCCUGAGCGAGGUGGCCAACGGUCUCCGCAACCCUGUGCUCAUGCUCCACAGCAAUGACGACACCCACCGGAUGUUUGUGGCCGAGCAGGUAGGCUUCGUGUGGGUGUACUUGCGGGACGGCAGCCGACUGGAGCAGCCUUUCCUGGACCUGAGCGGGGCGGUGUACACCACGCCCUGGCUUGGUGAUGAGAGGGGCUUCCUGGGGCUGGCCUUCCACCCGCGCUACCGCCACAACCGCCGCUUCUUCCUCUACUACUCUGUCUUGGUGGAAAGCAUGCUGGAGAGGGUGCGCAUCAGCGAGAUGAGGACCUCGGUGUACGACAUGAACCUGGCUGACCCUCACUCUGAGAGGGUCAUUAUAGAGAUAGAUGAACCGGCAGCCAACCACAACGGAGGGCAGAUCCUGUUUGGGCUGGAUGGAUACCUGUACAUCUUCACUGGGGACGGAGGCAAGGCUGGUGACCCCUUUGGGAAGUAUGGAAACGCCCAAAACAAGAGUGCCCUCUUGGGUAAAGUCCUGCGUAUAGAUGUGGACGGAGUAAGCCCCCAUGGCGGUCCAUACAAGAUUCCCCCAGACAACCCCUUUGUAGGGCAUGCGGACGCGCGUCCGGAGUUGUACGCCUACGGGGUGAGGAACAUGUGGCGGUGCAGCGUAGACCGCGGCGACCCCGUCACCCGCUACGGACGUGGGCGCAUCGUCUGUGGCGACGUGGGGCAGAACCGCUACGAGGAGAUCGACAUCAUCGUGCGCGGCGGCAACUACGGCUGGAGGGCCAAGGAGGGAUUCGAGUGUUACGAUCUGAAACUGUGCCAGAACUCGUCGCUGGAUGACGUUCUGCCGAUAUUUGCGUAUGGGCACCAUGUUGGGAAGUCCGUGACGGGAGGGUAUAUCUACAGAGGAUGCGAAUCACCCAACCUCAACGGCCUCUAUGUGUUUGGAGACUUCAUGAGUGGAAGGAUAAUGGCCCUGGAAGAAGACAGGACCACCGGGGACUGGAAGGAGACAGGACCACCGGGGACUGGAAGGAGACAGGACCACCGGGGACUGGAAGAAGACAGGACCACCGGGGACUGGAAGAAGACAGGACCACCGGGGACUGGAAGGAGACAGGAC